UUUUGAUCAUCAAACAAGAAAGCACUAAAUCAAAUCUUUUGAAAUAUCAUCAAUUUUUUUCUUUCCUAUACGCCAAAGAAAUUAAUAUGAUAAGUGCCAAGAAACUCAUCAAGAUGGCAAGAAAAUGGCAAAAGUUCGCAGCCAAGCAAAGGAAGAGAAUUUCUUUUCCAAGGUCCUAUUACAACAAUGCGGAGAGUUGUAGCAGAUCUUCUAUAGUUGGCAAAGGGAAAUUUGUGGUAUAUACAAAUGAUCAAAAGCGAUUUGUGGUUCCGUUGGCUUAUCUCCAACACGAGAUAAUCAGACAGUUGUUGCACAUGUCUGAAGAAGAGUUUGGACUUCCAAGUGAUGGUCCUAUUACAUUACCCUGUGAUGCACUGGUCAUGCAUUAUAUCAUAUCACUCAUCGAAAAAGGUGUAGCCGCAGAUCUUCAGAAUGCUUUGCUCGUAUCAGUCGGUUCCAGCCGAUGUUCAUCAACUUUAUACCUUCAAGAACAAAAGAAUCCGCAACUGUUAGUUUGUUGAACUAACUGUGAUGAAUUUCGUAAUGGAUACAUGAUAACAAGUGUACAGAAUUAUAACAUCUAAUUAUUCAUUAAAAGUUUCAUAUUCUUGCC